GCAUAAUUUGCCUUCUGUCUUAAUACCUCUCUCUCUCUCUCUCUCGAUCGCUCUCUUUUCUAGUUUUUUUUCCUCUACAAAAGUCAGUUCCAUCUUAAUGGCUGUGGACGAUGCUUUCUCAUCUCCGUUGGGUCCUCCAGCAUGCGCGAAAGACGCCAAGGCCCUUCAAUUCAUUGAGGAGAUGACUAGAAAUGCUGACUUGGUUCAAGAGAGGGUUUUGGCCGAAAUCUUGAGCCGAAACGCUGAGACUGAGUACCUCAAACGCUACAAGCUUCAAGGUGCAACCGAUCGGGAGACAUUCAAAUCCAAAAUCCCCGUGGUUAACUACGGGGAUCUCCAGCCUGAAAUCCAACGUAUCGCUAAUGGCGAUCGAUCGCCUAUUCUAUCAGCCCAGCCCAUCUCUGAAUUCCUUACCAGUUCUGGUACAUCAGCUGGGGAGAGAAAGCUCAUGCCAACAAUAAGUGAAGAGCUAGAUCGUCGCCAAUUACUUUACAGUCUACUCAUGCCGGUCAUGAACCUUUAUGUGCCUGGAUUGGACAAAGGAAAGGGGUUGUACUUUUUGUUCGUGAAAUCCGAAACAAAGACUCAGGGUGGGCUUCUGGCCCGACCCGUUCUCACAAGCUACUACAAGAGCGACCACUUCAAGACCCGACCCUAUGACCCAUACAAUGUCUACACAAGCCCCAACGAGGCAAUUCUCUGCCCCGAUUCCUUCCAGAGCAUGUACACUCAGAUGCUGUGCGGUCUCCUGGAGCGCCACCACGUGCUCCGCCUCGGCGCCGUCUUUGCCUCGGGUCUCCUCCGUGCCAUCAGAUUCCUUCAACUCAACUGGAAAGCUCUCGCUCAAGAUAUCGAGACCGGUACCUUGAAUCAGAAAAUCACGGACCCGUCCAUAAGAGCUAGAAUGUCGAAGGUCCUGAAAACUGACCCGGAGCUUGCCGAGUUCGUAAGAAACGAAUGUUCGAGAGAGAACUGGGAGGGGAUCAUCACGAGAGUUUGGCCAAACACAAAAUAUCUAGAUGUUAUCGUUACUGGAGCCAUGGCGCAGUAUAUUCCGACACUCAAUUACUACAGCGGUGGACUUCCACUAGCGUGCACCAUGUACGCCUCGUCGGAGUGCUACUUCGGCUUAAAUUUAAACCCAAUGUCCAAGCCAUCGGAGGUUUCUUACACCAUCAUGCCAAACAUGGCCUACUUCGAGUUCUUGCCCCACGAGUCGAACUCGCCCGAGCUCACUCGCGAGUCGCCACCAAAACUCGUUGACCUUGCUGACGUGGAGGUUGGAAAAGAAUACGAGCUGGUAAUUACUACCUACGCAGGCCUGUCCAGAUACCGAGUUGGUGACAUCCUCCGAGUCACCGGGUUCCACAACUCGGCACCGCAGUUCCAUUUCGUGAGAAGAAAGAAUGUGCUGCUCAGUAUUGACUCGGACAAGACCGACGAGGCGGAGUUACAAACGGCGGUGGACAACGCGUCCAAAUUGUUGCGUGAAUUCAAUACGAGUGUGGUCGAGUACACGAGUUACGCAGAUACGAAGACGAUUCCUGGCCAUUACGUGAUAUAUUGGGAGUUAAUGGUUAAGGACUCCAGGAACUCGCCUAGUGAGGAGGUUCUGAAUCAGUGUUGCCUGGCCAUGGAGGAAUCGCUGAACUCAGUUUACCGACAAGGGCGAGUUGCGGACAACUCGAUUGGGGCGCUAGAGAUACGUGUGGUGAAGAGUGGGACGUUUGAGGAACUAAUGGAUUACGCAAUAUCAAGAGGAGCGUCGAUUAAUCAGUAUAAGGUGCCCAGAUGUGUUAAUUUCACUCCGAUCAUGGAGUUGCUCGAUUCAAGAGUGGUGUCGGCGCAUUUUAGCCCGGCCUUGCCACGUUGGACUCCCGAAAGACGGAGGUGAUCGAUCAUCUACCAUUUUCUUAAUGCGCCGACCAACUGCACCGUACCAAGUCAAUGGGUUGGCAAUGAAUAAUUAUAUAUGUAUGUAUAGAUUCUUCUUCUUCUGCUGCUUUGGUUUUUUCUUUUUAAUUUAUUGGGAUUUGUGGUUAAGUUUGAAAAACAUGUACUGUUAAUUAGGAUGACAAGGGUCAGGUUUGUUGUGACUUGUUCAAAUGUUUGUGUAGUGGAAAGCAAAGCUUUCUUUCGUUGUAAUGAUAAUGGAACGUAGUUUCUGUCUUUUAGUGA